AUGUUGAGCCAAGCUUGUGACCCCACAGGAGGAUAUCGGGACAGAGUCAAGCGCACUCCCGGAACAGACCACCUGCGGCUGACCCCAACUAAGCCCCCUUACUUUGUACCUGACCAGCAGACCCAGAUACCUGAAGAACCAACCAACAGACCUGAAGAACCAACCAACAGACCUGAAGAACCAACCAACAGACCUGAAGAACCAACCAACAGACCUGAAGAACCAACCAACAGACCUGAAGAACCAACCAACAGACCUGAAGAACCAACCAACAGACCUGAAGAACCAACCAACAGACCUGAAGAACCAACCAACAGACCUGAAGAACCAACCAACAGACCUGAAGAACCAACCAACAGACCUGAAGAACCAACCAACAGACCUGAAGAACCAACCAACAGACCUGAAGAACCAACCAACAGACCUGAAGAACCAACCAACAGACCUGAAGAACCAACCAACAGACCUGAAGAACCAACCAACAGACCUGAAGAACCAACCAACAGACCUGAAGAACCAACCAACAGACCUGAAGAACCAACCAACAGACCUGAAGAACCAACCAACAGACCUGAAGAACCAACCAACAGACCUGAAGAACCAACCAACAGACCUGAAGAACCAACCAACAGACCUGAAGAACCAACCAACAGACCUGAAGAACCAACCAACAGACCUGAAGAACCAACCAACAGACCUGAAGAACCAACCAACAGACCUGAAGAACCAACCAACAGACCUGAAGAACCAACCAACAGACCUGAAGAACCAACCAACAGACCUGAAGAACCAACCAACAGACCUGAAGAACCAACCAACAGACCUGAAGAACCAACCAACAGACCUGAAGAACCAACCAACAGACCUGAAGAACCAACCAACAGACCUGAAGAACCAACCAACAGACCUGAAGAACCAACCAACAGACCUGAAGAACCAACCAACAGACCUGAAGAACCAACCAAGCAUUGCCCCUCACCAUAA